CCUCGCCGCCGCGCCUGCUGCAUGCUCGGUGCCGCCUCAGCCCCAGCCGGAGGUGGAAGAUGGCGGAGCCGGGGCCGGACUGCGGAACCCUGCUCGACGAGGCGCUCUCCUCCUUCGUCUUCAACUACCUCGCUGACAGCCAGUAUGAGGUGUCUGAUGAGGAGCAUCUCUACUCCGACUUCCCUGAGAUCGAUUUGUCCCAGCUGGAUGCCAGCGACUUCGACUCGGCCGGCUGCUUUGGCGAGCUGCAAUGGUGCGCAGAGCACUCUGAGACUGAGUCCAGCCAGUACAGCACCGAUGACUCUGAGCUCCUCCAGAUAAUAGACAGCGAGAAUGAAGCGCUGCUGGCGGCCCUCACCGAGACACUGGAUGAUAUGCAGGGAGAUGACGUGGGCCUGGCUGCCUUCCGAUCUAUGGAAGAGGGGGACACGCUCAACCAUGCCUACACCUCGCCUGCCCCCUCCCCCAAACCCACCGCCCUGGUCACGGGGGAGCCACCCCCGGCCCCCGAGGUUGAUGAGCUGUCUCUACUGAAGAAAUUGCUCCUCUCUCCAUCGCCUCCGAGCUGUGAGGUGCAGAGGGAUGGGAGCGCCCGGCGCCCAGGGACACCCAAAUCCCGGCCAUCUCGACCCUACACAAAGGUGGAUGCUCCCCGGGACAGGCAGGCAGGCGCUCCGCAGAGCCGCAGCUGCACCGAGCUGCACCGGCACCUCACCUCCGCCACCCCCUGUGCCCAGACCAAAGCCCCCCGCGCACCCGAGCAGUGCCACAGCAGCCACCACUACCCACCCGUGGGUGACUGCGCCCAGCACGAGGACGACAGCGACUGCAGUGAGGACUCGCUCAGCUCCAGCGAUGCGGUGCCCUCUCCUUCCUCGGCGGAGGAUGGCUCCGACGGACGGUUCUCCUGCGAAGGGGGGCUGCACUCGGUGGUGGAGCUCAUCCGCUACAUGCACACCUACUGCCUGCCGCCCAGGAAGCUGCCCGCCCGUGACGCUAUUGAUGCCAGGCCCCAGCCCUGCAGCAGCCCCUUCAAGAGAGCCAAAGCAGACUGUGCCCUGCAAGAGAGCUGGCCGGGCUGCGCCUGGCACGCGGCUGGGGCCUGCCAGAAGCCCGCAGCCUCCUUCUCCAUCCUGAAGGAGCUGCUGGCGCGGGACCUGCUGUGCGAUGUCAGCAAGCCCUACCGGCUGGGCAGGCCCGUGUACGCCUCCCUGGCCCGACUGCCCCCCACCUGCUGCCCUGCAGUGCAGGCCCAGGACAGGGAGGAGGCCGGUGGAGCCUGCAAAUCCAGAGCCAAAGCGGUGCCAGAGAAAGCAGAGCCACGGCACAGCCCUGGGACUGAGAUGGAGGCAACGGGGGAGCCUGGCAGUGUGGAGGAGGAGGCCGGGAGGCGUGCGAGCACCCCAGGCACAGCUGCAGGGAAGGUGGCCCGCAGGCCCGAGGGCUCCGUUUAUGCCGUCCGACGGUCCAAGAGACUCAACCCUGAGCUGGGCCACUGGCUGUCCUUCCUCGACGAGUCGCCCCCCGACUCCUCUGUGCCCCAGGAGGCCGCAGCCAGUGGGGAGCCCGUGCCGUGCCCGCCACUGGAGGCCUUCCCUGCUGAAGAGCCUGCGGCCGAAGUGGAGGUGGGCGGCACAGAAGAGGGAGAUGGCGGGAGCGCAGUGCUGCCAGCAGAGCCCCAGCCCCUCAUCCCGGCAUCCCCGGGGGAUGGUGAGAGCUGUGAGAGCCAGCGCUGUGCCCCCCAGCAGCGUGCAGAAACACCCCGGUGUCUCACGCUGUCCUUGGCGCAAACUGACUCUACUUUUGGGAAGAGAAACUCGGUGUCAAUGCUGACCAUGGAGCUGUGUGGUACAGCAGGUCUCACGCCACCCACCACUCCACCGUACAAGCCUGCUGAGGAGGAUCUGUACAAGCCAGACAUGCCCUCGGAGACAGGCAAGGAGGACAGCACAGUCCCCAGCUCCAGAACUGGCAGCACAGGGGACACAGCCACCUUUCAGAAAGCUACGAAGAAGCACCCUGAGAGGACAGAGCUCUUGGCCCACCUAAGCCGAGCUGCUGAGCAGUCAGGAGUGCUCAAGCGGCCCUUUUCACGCUCCUUUGGGGACCAUGACUACUGCCAGGUGCUGAAGCCUGAGGGCACCCUGCAAAGGAAGGUGCUCAAGUCCUGGGAGCCAUCAGGCCAGAUUGAGACGGAACACAAGAGGAGGGUCCCAGACACACACUACCAGGGGCUGGACCUUGGCAGCAAGGAGGCAGGUGGCGAGAUGGUGUGGAAGGAUGGCAUCAAGCAGCUGAGAGAUCAGGACAUCAGAGCCAGUUUAACGAAGCACUUUGGUGUCCCGGACAGUCCUGUUGACGAUGAGGACAUGGCUUUCUGCAAGACCCCGGAGUAUGACACUGUUUUUGACGACAGCUGCAGUGAAAGUGGCUCUCUGGUAGAGGAGGAGGAGGAGGAGGAAGAGGGAGAAGAGGAGGAGGAGCACUGCGGCAGCCCAUUGGACACCAAACUGUGCCUGCGGAGAAAUCCCCUCUCCAGGACCAGUUUGCAUUAUUGCUCCCGGAGCAGGUCCAGCUCGGGGUCUUCGUGCUGCCGGUCCCGAUCCCCCACAAGCAGAUGCACUUUCAGGUGUAAGAACAAUGAGCGGUGUCAGGGUGGCAGCAGGAGCCGGGGCCAGCUUGAGAAGAAACAGGAAAAGGCCAUCUAUCCGUCGGCAGCAGUGGAGGUGUGGGUUGGAAGCCUGAGACCUGUGGCUUGGUGCUGGCAGGGGGAAGGCCGGGUGGUGUACAUCAGGAACCUCUCCAGCAACAUGAGCUCCAGCGAACUGAAGAAACGCUUUGAGGUGUUCGGUGAGAUCGUGGAGUGCCAAGUCCUGUCCAGGACUAACAGAGGGGAUAAAUACGGCUUCAUCACCUACCGGUAUUCAGAGCACGCCGCCUUAUCUCUGAAGAACGGCACCUCGCUAAGGAAGAGGAACGAGCCUUCCUUCCAGCUCAGCUCUGGUAGCCUUGGGAACUUCUUCUGGACCAGAUACACUGACUUAGAUUGCAGCGUGGAGGAGUCCUCCCCGGCGCCGGUGAAGAGCAAGUAUGAGACCAUGGAUUUUGACAGCUUGCUGCAGGAGGCCCAGCUAAGCCUGCAUCGGUAACAGCCUUAACCUUGGAGGAAUACCUCAAUACCUCAGUCAAGGCACUUCCAAUAUGUUUACGUUUUCAAAGAAAUUAUUCAGUCUAUGACAAGCGAGAGAGAGCGAGAGAGCGAGAGCACGCACGCGCGAGAGAGAGACUGCUGUCCCUUUCAAUUGAUGUUUACAUUGAACAAAGCUGCUUCUGUCUGUGAGUCCCCAUGGUGUUGAUGUCUCACUGCCACACAAUAGUCGCCCCGCUUCUGACUGGUUGUUUUUGGGUGAGCCUAGGAGCCCCCGGCCCCUCUCCCCCAGCUCCCGCCGUGGAGUUGCAGCUGUGUUCACCAUAACAUUUUUUGUCCGUAGUGUGUGAUGAUGAAAUUGUUAAUUGUGAAUAGAAUCAGGAUUAUAAACUAAUUUUUAAUAGAAGAAGAAAAAAGAAGUAUAUACUUAAAGAUGUAUUUAUGGCUCAGAUGUACUGUAAUUCAGAUUUAUUGUACCGCUUCCUUGAUUUUUAACUAUGCACUGUAAUGAGGCACUUGCCACUGAGCAAAUGGGGGUCAGAGCAGAGCCCCAGAGCCAGCGUUCGCCCUCUGCCACGAGGCCGCCCGCCUCCCCGCCGGGUCACCACUUUGCCGUCAAAGCCAUUCUCCUCGUUGGGGCCGAGCCCCGGCCCCCAGCUGCCGAGAGGGGCCACGGUGUGGGCAUGAAGGGAAGGCUGGUGAAGGAGUGGCACGACCACCUCCGGGCAUCCCCGCUCCAGCCAGUGUGCAGGGCAUGGCAGCUCC